AUGGUGUUUGGACCUGUAACAUGGGUGUACCCGGAUGUGGUUCCAGCCAUCAGAUGCUGGAGGCGUGGAGGUCUGAAGGUCUUCAUCUACUCUUCAGGAAGUGUGGAGGCGCAGAAGCUGCUCUUUGGCUAUUCUGUCGAAGGCCAUCUCUUAGAUCUGUUUGAUGGUCACUUCGACACCAACAUUGGUGCCAAAGUAGAAAGUAAGAGCUAUGAGAACAUCGCGGAGAGGAUUGGAUGCCAACCGGAGGAAAUCAUGUUCUUAACCGACCUCGCACGAGAGGCAAAGGCAGCAGAGGAUGCUGGGGUGAACGUGGCUGUCGUCGUUAGACCUGGAAACACGGAGUUAACCGGAGAAGAAAGGAGCCGUUAUAGAGUCAUCACAUCUUUCAACCAGUUAAAACUGAGCGGAAACGUUUGACAGCGCAGAACUGGGAUUACAGCAUCGGAUCAUGUGAAAAACCAGCGGUUAUUAUGUGUUGUUAUUCCACUGGACUGAAACGCCAAGCCUCCCAGGUGCUUGUUUUUUACACUGAAACCCAUCUUUGAAUUAUCAUACACUUGCAGUCUCUCUGAAUGUUUUCUAUGCGGUGUUAAUGUGUAGCAUAUGACAUAUUUAUGCCAAGAUACUUCUGUCUUUAUUCCCCACCUGUGCGGUGAUAUAAAAUAUGAUAACCUGCCAACUAGACACAGGUUUAGUGUGAUUGUACCUCAUGUCAGUCUUAUAAACGUCAGUAUCAAA